AUGCGUACCUUGAUUAAGCACAAUCUUCAUUCUUUUGGAAUAAAAACUCAAUCAUUCUCGACAUUAAAUACAAAACUGCCUGCCAAAACACCAUUCUCAAUAUACAUUCACUGGCCAUACUGUGAAAGUAAAUGCACUUACUGUAACUUUAACAAGUACAUAAAUCCUCGAGAUCCUCCUCAUGAACGUCUUGUCAAGGCCAUGACACGCGAACUUGAUUUUUACUUGACAGACCCUCGAUUUGGAUUGAAAAACAAGAGAUUGAAUUCUGUCUAUUUUGGCGGUGGAACACCAAGUCUCGCUUUGUCAAUUGAAUCUGCAAAACUCCAAGAUUUUGCAAAGGCGGGUGUAAAUAGACUCUCUCUUGGAAUCCAAUCUUUUAAUGACAAGGAUCUCAAGGUCAUGGGACGAGAUCAUUCUGGAACUGAUGCUAUACGAGCAAUCACCAAAGCCAAGCAGGUGUUUCACAAAGAACGCCUUACUUUUGAUUUGAUUUUUGCUAGACCAGGACAGACACUAGAGGCAUGGGAUGAUGAACUAAAACAAGGCCUGGAACUGGCUGGCGAUCAUAUGUCUAUUUAUCAGUUGACCAUGGAACGCAGUACUCCAUUGCACAAAGCAUCUGUAAGAGGUGAACUACCUCCAUUACCUAGCCCAGAUGAGGCAGCAGAUAUGUAUGAACAAACAUUAAAGAGAACUAGUGAAUAUGGAUUCUCGCAUUAUGAAGUAUCCAACUAUUGCCAAAAUGAAUCUGCCAUCAGUAGACACAAUUUCUCAUAUUGGCAAGGCAUGGAUUAUCUUGGUGUUGGUCCAGGUGCUCACGGAAGAUUGACACGCACUGAAGAUGGUGUGAGAGUACGAACAUUUGGAGAAUUCCACCCGAAUAAAUAUAUGGCAUUAUGUGAAUCUGAAGGAGAGGGAAUUCGUAAGAUGGUACCAAUAUCAGCCCGAGAGACAAUAGAGGAGCUUAUAGUAUUUGGGAUGCGCACACGAAUGGGAGUUCCAAGAGCGAGGUUUCAAGCAAUGACAGGAUUAUAUCUCGAUAAUGUCCUCGACAAGGAGAUGCUUCAGACUUAUAUUGAGGCUGGGUUUUUAAUUGACGAAGCUGGUGUAAUGGAUCAAGCGAUGAAUAAGUAUGUUCCAAAUGAACUCUUGAGUGAAUGGGAUCUACAUGGUGGGAUCAGACCAACCGAAUCAGGGCUCGAAAGGAUGGAUUCUAUUAUUUGCAGCCGAUUCCAAAAAUUCAAAAAAAGUAUGUUUCCUGGAUCUUCGAACAUCACAGUGUGUUCAUAUGCAAACCUAAAUUGGAUAUUAACUGACUCACCUUCAGAGUUUUUCUUCAUAGGAACACUAGAAAUUUCAGCUUUAAAUACAUGGUCAACCGUUACAAAGCGUACCUUGAUCAAUAGACCAGCCAUCACCUUAGAGUUUAAACAGCACGUGAUUGCUUACAUCAUUCCUGCUUGCAUCAUUCCUGCUUGCGUCAGCCAACAGAUGUUUUGCUGAUAUAAUUGUGAGGUGUUGAUUGUAAUAGCCCUGCAAUAACCUCAAAUACACAUUUACAUUGCACGAUGAAACGCGUUGUGUCAUAGCUAAGAGGCAUUAAGACUUCUAAGAGGCAAUCUAGGCUAAUGGACCCACGUCAAGAUUCCGUGAUAUAUUGGCAGCUCUUGUGUGUAUUUCACGUCAAGAUUCCGUGAAGUACAGUUGACCUUUCUAUGGCACAAUACAUUAAACUUCCAAGUCCAUCAUCUGAAGUCCCGUAAUGUACAGCCGUCAUUACUGGGGCGGAAGGUAUGGCGAGUAUUGUGUCAUAGGACAGGGGCGUCACUUCCUCUAAUGGCAGUCUAGGCUAGUAUGUCUACGUCAAGGUCCCGUAGUAUACUAGCAGCUCUUGUCUGUAUUGCGCGUCAAGAUCCCGUGUAAUACAGUUGACCUUUUUAUGGCACAAUACACCAAAUGGGCAAAUGCCCUCACAUAAAAAUCUGUUGUUAAUAAAAGUAAUUCUUUUGAGAAUAAACUCUUUGUUCCAAUAACC